UUGUUCACACACACGCCAUAUUGACUGUAGUCCGGCAAAGGAAAAAGGGAGCAAGAGAGUAACGGGAACUGGGCUUUGCGUUGGAAAUUAAUUUACACUGAGGAAAACGCAGCCGAAGGUGGACACGCGACAUUUUAAACGGGCCCGGAUCAUCUGCUUCUACUUCCUGGCAGAUGGAAAAUAGACGGUGGAGCGCUCCAGUAAAAGAAGAGGAAGAGAAACGGGGAUGAAGAUGGUCUUCGCUCACCUUCUGGAUCUCGUUUAGAGCAUUUUUCAAUUGGCUUUUCUUUAUUUUUUUAUUUAUUUUUUAUUUGAGUUAUUGCCUCUCGCUCAUCUCCUCAAACAACCUGUUGUCAUUUUUGGUGGAGUUGCUAAAUUAUUGAAGCCAUGGCGAACAUGUGCCCUUACGGUCGCUUCACCCACGCCGUGGUGCGGGGCGUCCCGGAGACCUUCGGCAAGACGGCGGGAGACAACCGGGAGAACGGGGAGGUCUCGGUGGAGCUGGCCAAGGCUCAGCGUCAGUUCGGUUGCCUGACGGGAGCGUUGAGGCAGAAGGUGGGCCUGCAGCUCAUCGAGAUCCCCCCUGACCCCGAGCUGCCAGAAAGCUGGAGGAUAGAGGACGUGGCGGUCAUCCAGGGAGAUACAGCGCUCAUCACCAGGCCCUUCAAACAACAGAGACGCAGCGAGGUGGAGGCAGUGAGGAGGGUGAUGUCAGAGCUCAACCUGACCGUGGUGGAGAUGGGGGGCGAGGACGGGGACUCCGGAGGGGCCACGCUGGAGGGCAGCGACGUCCUCUUCACGGGGAGGGAGUUCUUUGUCGGGAUCUCCUCCCACACCAACCGCAGAGGGGCCGAGGUGCUGGCAGACACGUUCAGGGAUUUUGCUGUGUCCACUGUCCCCGUCUGCGGCGGAGCCCGACUCAAAAACAUCUGCUCCAUGGGAGGUCCAGACACAAUCAUCAUCAGCAACAGCGACGGAGCCAAGAAGACGCUCCGGAUGAUGGAACAGCUGACUGACCACCAUUACGAAGUGCUCACCGUCCCAGAGGAGUCGGCAGCAAACUGCAUUUACAUCAAAGGUCCGUCCAAACGGGACUUCCUGCUGCACCGGCCUGCGGAGGAAUGUCCCGACAGCGUCUCUGCCUUCCAGAAGCUGCAGGACUACACCCUCCUGCCGACGGCCUGCAGCGAGGCCUCCAAACUGGGAGCGUCUCUGUCCUCGCUCUGCCUCCUCAUCAACAGAAAGCACACGUAUUUCUGAAAUCCAGCGCAGGUUACACAGCUUUCAUCUGCACGUUUGGUGGCGGGGGCCUGAGUUAAAGAUAGCGUAUUUAUUGUUGGGAGGAAACACCGACGUGCAGCAUUUGUAGGAGGCAGGAUUACGACACAUGUGCGCCCCCUGCUGAACGCACAACGCAGCCUAAUCGUAAAACCACUAAGUUCAGCUGUAGCCUGUUUUAAUUUACUCUUUCUCCCCAUGAGCUUGGACUUUCUGCAGACUUCAUCCUGUUUUAAUUCUCCUGUGAACCAAACCAGUAGGAAAGUUGUAGCCUUGAAUUAUAAUCAUUUGUUUGGCAGCAGUUAUUUAAUUUUUGAUAUAAUUGAAAUUAGUGCCCGUUAAGUCCAUUUAGAUUUUAGUCUUGUUACGGUCGUUGAUGAUGCUGAAUUCAGACUUGCAGAUACCCAGUGGUACAUACAUUUAUUUUUAAUGGCUAGCCUUCGUGUAUAAGGCAACAGUCUCUGUUAUUUUGUUGUUCUAGUGACAUGUAUAGAACAUCUAGCUGCUAAAUGUAGAUUUGCUUUAGCUUUGAAAUGUGUGAAUUUGUAGCAAUUGUAGAGAUUAAUCAGAUCCAACUUUUUACAGUACUUGUUCCUGUGUCAUUUACUGGAUUAGGUACACGAGGGCUCAAACUAAUACAGCCCUACCUUCAUUAAGGGUUUAUAAUGUUCAGAUUUGUAUGAUUUGCUAGUUUUAGCAUCAUACAUCAUAAGGUACAACUGACACCUCAACUGAACAUUUUAACCCUUUGAGGUUAAUAUCCAUUGCAGGAUUGUUAUAUUAAUUUAGUUUAAUGUUCUUAAUAACUGUCAAGUAAAUGUGUGUAAACCAUCAACCAUGUGCACAUUAAAACACUCCAGCUUCAACAAA